GACAGCUCAAAUUUAACGUCAUCGUCUCCUUCAAACAUCCGCAAACUCUCACCCAAACAAGCCUACAAUCAUCUCUGAACCCAUACAUCCGCAAGCUCUCUCUCUCUCUGUGGGUUUUAUCUAUUUUUUUCCUAAUUUAUUUUCAUUAAAAAUAAAAAUGGCGAAGAAGAGAAAAUCCGACGCCACGCGCUUAGACGAGUUUGAUCGGAGCAUGUACACGAGUUUUUGCAGCGCCGCGAACUCGCUCUCCCAGCUUUACACACAGGCCAUGAACCACCAACGCCUUUCAUUUCAGGCCGGUGAACGUCACGCGCUGGAGAAACUUUAUCAGUGGAUUCUGAGGCAGCAAGAAGAAGGGUCAAGAGUGCCAACAGUUGAUGUAGUUGCUUAUUUGCAGAAUGAACUUGAAUAUGGUGGAGAGGAGGCCCCAAUGUCCCCCAGGUUGCCAUUGCAGCACCAGCAUUCCCAAACUGCAACACAACUGAACAAUUUAGUUGCCCCCAUUUCUUCCAAUCCUUUUUCAUCAGCAAUGGUGGGGCAGGGAGUUCGAUCUGGUGAUAACCAAGGUAAAAACUCUGUUUUCUCAAAUGCCCUCUCAAGCCCUGUUCGUCGGAGCCUUCAGCACUACCACUUGGCACAGGGUGGUUACAAUUCAAACAAUGUUUUAUCUUCUGUAAAUGGACAACGCAAUAACGAGAGCAACUAUUCUCACCAGCAAAACAGGGAUGCCAAUUCCCCAAGCUCUAAUGACUCCAUGGACGUGCAUGGUGAUAGCCCUGGCCAUGGUUUUUCUUAUUAAAUUCUUUUGCUUGACGUUGUUUUUCAUUUUGUUCCUUUUGGUGAAAGUUUAUUGUGUGGUUAGAAAUCCUGAUAUAACUCUAAUUAAAUUCUCACUUUUUUGUUGUUA